UUCGGGAGGAGGGGAGGGAGGGCCGAGAGGGCCAGAGGAGGGUGGGGCGUUUGGAGCCCGGACUGCCCUUCCCCCGCCUCCCCCUUCUCUCCUAGCCUCAGUUCCUCAGUCUGUGAAAUGAGCGACGCUGCCUUCUGGGACACCCCAGGCCUGGGAGCGGGGAGCAUGGAGGAGUGUGGAGAGGGCCCUGAGCUCCUCCCCUGCAGGCCCCCCCAGGCCUCCGUGACGUUCAAGGAUGUGGCCGUGGACUUCACCUGGGAGGAGUGGAGGCUCCUGGACCCUCCCCAGAAGGAGCUGUACUGGGAGGUGAUGCUGGAGAACUACAGGAACCUGGUCUGCCUGGGCCUUGCAGUUUCUAAUCUCAACAUGAUCUCUCAACUGGAGUCGGGGGAAUCACACUGGAUUCCAAGGGGCAGCAUCCUAAGAACUAUCUGGCCAGAUGAGUUUAUGAGAUGCACGUGCUGAAGGGGACCACGCCAGGGGACAUGUGAUUCUGUGACUCUUCAGUCCUGCCACUUGGAUUGGGACACCAGGCCUCAGAGCAAGGACUCAACUUCAAAAAUGAGCUUUUCUAUGGAAGACUUUUCCCAGCAACCAUUUUUGUGGUAUGAUCCUCGAAUGUCCAAGCUGGGGAAAGCUUGGGAGUAUAAUGGCAGGUUAAAGAAAGAGCAGAGCGAGGAGGAGAAACCUUUUAGACAAGUCAAAGGAAUCCAAACAGAACCUGCCAUUGAAGUGAGCGCCUCUGAACACAGUCAAUCCAGCCAGAAUUCUAGCCCAGAGCCAGGCCUUUUUCCAGAACAAGAACUCUCGGUAGUUUUGAAUCUCCAUAAAAAUAACCAGGCAGAGAACUUCACCGUGUAUUCAGACCAAGGACACUAUAAUCAAACUUAUCCGAAGAAGUAUUCUAAGGUUGGCAAAUGUCCGAAAACCUUGGGUUAUGAUUUGGACCACGUUAACAAAUAUAGAAUUCAUGCUGAAGAGAAAGUUCAUGAAAGUGGGAUUUCUUCCCUCCAGAAUAACAAACUUGCUUUACACCAGAGAGCUGGUACAGGAAGAAAAUGUAAUGAGUUGAGUAAUUGUGUGAAGACAGGUCAUCAUCAUCAAGACUCUAGUAUUUGUAUUGAAAACAGAACUUAUAAAUGCAGUGAAUGUGGAAAGGUUUUUCAGCAGAAAGGAAGUCUUACACUACACUACAGAAUUCACACUGGAGAGAAACCGUUUGAAUGCAGCCAAUGUGGAAAGGCUUUCCGCCAGAAGAUAGAUCUUAUCCGACAUUAUAGGAUUCAUACUGGAGAGAAACCUUUUAAAUGCAGUGACUGUGGGAAAGCUUUUCCCCGGAGCACAACCCUGACUCUGCAUUAUAGAACUCAUACUGGAGAGAAACCCUUUGAAUGCAGUGAGUGUGGGAAGACAUUCCGACAAAGCUCUAAACUUUGUCUGCACCGGAGAUCUCAUUCGGGCAUAAAACCUCAUGAAUGUAGAAUAUGUGGGAAAGCCUUCUCUCAGAAGUCUGAUCUGACUCGUCAUGGUAGUAUUCAUACUGGAGAGAAACUUUAUGAAUGUGGUGAAUGUGGGAAAGCCUUCACUCAGAAUACAGGUCUUUCAUUGCAUAAGAGAACACAUGCCAGAGAGAUAACUUAGAAUGUCAUGAAUGUGGAUAGGCCUUCCCCUGAUUCUCAGCACUUAAUCAACCUGAAAGAAUUCAUGCUAGAAAGGAACCUCAUUAAUAAAAUCAUCAAAAUUACACUUUUCCCUGAAAGGGACUCUUUGAUAUAUUUACCUAAUAUUAGAAAGGAACUGUAUAAUUAGAAUUUUCCACCCCAGGACUCUCCCAGCAUCCCAUUUGCAUAUUUAUGCUACCGUACUAAUGUAGGGAAGAUAUAAGUUUUAUGUAGCUCUGCCCUAAUGCUCUCCUUUUCCCAGGAACAUGGUUUGUAGAGGUUGGGUGAGUGCCAGGCAGGAGAAUUUGACUCACGUGCCUUUUCUUAGGCUUUCAGAUUUUUGUUCUUUUAUUUCUUCUACUUAAAUGAUUAAUAAUAAAUCUUAUAAAAUAUAA